GGCCAUCGGGUAUUAAAACACGGCCGAGAGAGCAGCGAUAGCGGAGAGACAACCGGCGUCCGCCGUGCCCUUGCUCUCUCUUCGCUAUCGAUCUCUUCAUCUCUCUCUCUUUGAUUCUAUUUUCGUGUGUGUUUCCUCUGCUUCAUUAUAAACUAGCAAGACGGAUUCCUCCUUCCCUCCAUUUUUUUACUCCCUGUGUGGCGCAGGUUGUUCUUCAUCUGGAGAUCUCCGCCUUCGAAGCUGCGUCUCUCCUUCGCCUUCGACCCUCCCCCUCCCCGUCGCCCCUUAAAUACCUUCGCCCACUCCCUCCUAACCACUUCCGCGCUCUCUCUCUCUCUCUCUCUCUCUCUCUCUCUCUCUCUCUCUCUCUUUCUCAUCUUGUGUUGCUGAUACGACUGGUUAUAGAUGAUGGCUCAGAAGCCACUAAUGCUCAAGGAUUACCUUGAGCUGGAGUGGAAUUCCGAGUCCAGUGGCGCUGGGUUCCGGUGCGUCCCGCGUCGAGCCAACGACGACGCCACCGUACGUUACCUACUGGAGGCGGACCUCCGCGGCGGUGGGGGAAGGAAGCUGCCGAGGACACCAUCCAUGAGCGCUUUGACGAAGAUCUCCGCUGUAUUCAACGCCGUUAGGCUUCUACCCUUCGCCGCAGCCGCCUCCUCCUCCCCAGACUCUGGCAGAUCCAGGCAGGAGGGAUCUCCGUCAAGAAGCCUCUCGGAGAGGCUGAAGGGAAGUUUCUGGAGAAGGAAAGGAAAAGAGGGGGAGGAGAACAGGGCGAAGGUGAGGGACAUCGUACGUCUGAGAUCGUUUGAGGAGGAGACUGGCGACGACCGGGCGUCGUUCGACUUCCCGUCCCCGGUCGUCAGCAGCUGCAGCAGCUUCUCAGAGUCCGACUCCUAUGGCUCGGGCUUCCUUCCGUCCUCCAUUGCCAGUUCCGAAACCACUGACGACGCGGCCACCACCGACACCACCGGAGACGUCAAGAAGCACUCACCGCGAGCAAGCCCAAGCCGCAACACCAAUGGGCUGAACAUCAUCGCCGAGGUCGCCGAAGCGAGCGUCGCCGGCCACCGCUGGGCGGCCAAGGCAACGGAGAGCCAGAGCGAGGAGUCGCCGGAAUGCCACUCGGAGGAGAAGGAACAGCUGAGUCCGUUGUCUGUGAUGGACUUCCCAUCCGAAGAAGACGAAGAAGAAGAGGAUGACACCACGUCGCCUUCCUUCCAUCACAGCCUCGCUAAACUCGAAAGAACGAAGCUGCAGCUGUUGCAGAAGAUCAGACGGUUCGAGUGCCUCGCCGAUCUGGACCCGAUCGAUCUGGACCGUCACUUCGCCUCGUCUGAUGACCGCUCCGAAUCCACCGACUGCGUCGCGUUGUCGGACGUGGACGACGAGGAGGCGGCCGUGAGGGGCUUACGAGAGAAGAAGGCGUGGGGCCUACUGGGAGAACUAAAGAACGACUACCACGUAGGCCGGGGAACGUGCGUCGAGAAGGUCUUGGUGGACUUCUUCAUCCAGGGGCUGACCUCCUCGGGCGACGACGCUGUUCCCGGCCGCCCGUCCUGGUGGAGGAACUCCAUCCUGCGCCGUGAUCCGGCAGAGCGGCCGAUGUUGGAAACUUCGAGGGAUUGGAUCGAGGGGAAGGGCUGCCGCGACCUGGACGACUACCACGGGGAGGCGACGCUGAGGGAGAUGGAGAGGAACGGGCGGUGGAUUUGCUUCGAGGAGGAGGAGGAGGCGGCGGAUGUGGAGGACCUGGUGCUGGGGUCCCUGAUGGAGGAGUUGGUGGUGGACUUAGCAUCAGAUUGAAUGAAGAUUCCAACUUGUGGUGGCGGUGACGGCUGUUGUAAUAAAUUAGUUGGUGAAGUCGUUGAGGAAGUUAACGUUCCAUAUAUGUCGCGGGUACAUACAGAGGCAGAGGGAGGCUGCAAAGCCCGCCAAUUUUGGGUGACGAGAAGACAUCGAAUGGCGGGCGGCAGAAAUGUUCUCUAUA